AUGGAUAACUUUUUUCUCGAUUAUAAAAGCUUCCUCUCAGGAAUUGGCGCAUCCUGAAGCGCUAUUAUGGUCGGCCAACCAUUAGACAUCAUUAAAGUCCGCAUGCAAAACACAGGAAACUCCACAAUUUCGACUGUUUUAGCAUUAGUGAGAUAUGAAGGAAUUUUAGCAUUUUGAAAAGCAUCACUGCCGAUCGUGGCUGGAUCCACCAUUACAAGCUCGGUAUCCCUUGGUACAAAUGAGAACACAAAAAGGUUUUUCAGAGACCCAAAAAAUCCUGAAAAAAGCUUAAAAAUUUGGCAGCAUUCUAUAUGUGGAACUGCUUCAGGCUUUGUAAGGGCAUUUGUGAUAUGUCCAUUUGAGCAUGUUGUGGUAAAAAUGCAAACGCAAGGGAAAAUAGAUACCCGAGGAGAUCCAAAAUAUAAAAAUUCAGCUGACUGUUUUAAAUAUAUUUUUAAUAACUAUGGAGUUAAAGGACUCUAUAGAGGGCUAAAAGUGUCGUUUUUUCGAGACACUUUUGGAAAUACAAUUUUUUUCGGAGCUUACCAAGGGAUUGCGAAAAAGAUUUUUGGAGGGGAUCAUAUAGACGCCCAUCAGCUAAAAAUGUGGCAGUGCAUGAUCUGUGGAGGAACUGCUGGAGUUAUUUAUUGGAUAGGUAUAUUUUGGCUUGAUAUUAUAAAAUCUAAAAUCCAAGCUGAUUCGUUAACAAAUCCAAGGUAUAGUUCGGGAAAAGAGUGCUGAAAAAUGACGGUAAAAGAGAUGGGGUAUGCUGGAAUGACAAGAGGACUAAUUCCUGCUUUGUUGAGAGCUUUUCCAGCAAAUGCAGCAUAUAUAGCGGGGUUUGAAAUGAUGAUGAAAAUAUUAGGAAGGGAUAAAUAA